UUGCGGGCGGAGACGUGAGGAGGGAGUGGAGCAAACACGCCGUAGUGCUUUUAUUUUUAAUCGGCUGGCUUUGUGUUCGGACCCGUGUUGAUGCCGCGGUUCCGGGGAAACCGCUGGCGCUGCCAGGAGAACAGUCCGGACUGAAACACUGCCCGCUUUUGCCACACAUUUGACCACCAGGUUUAAUUUUUUUUGUUGUUGUUCGAUGGCGCAGAUGAAGAGGAUGUGGGAAACACCGCCGAGGCGUUCGGGCGCGACUGAGCGGUUUUUGUCCCCAGGUGGAGCAAACCUUACAGCUGUGCUUCUGAACGUGUGGAGUGCUGGACAGAGAAGGGCAAACAAAAGGGCCGCCAUGCUGCCGGGGUAAAUUUGUAAGGCGAUUUGAAGGCGACGCAAUGGCUGAGCAUGAGACUAAUCUGAGGACGGCCAGGAUAUGGCGAGACGCAGCGUUACGCUCCAGGAAACUGAGGAGCAACCUGCGCCAGCUCACUCUUAGCACCAACAACAGCCAGAAAAUCACCUUACCUGAAGACAUCAAGGAGAUCGAAGUCCUCAACCUGGGCAAUAAUUCUCUCCAAGAGCUUCCCGAAGGUCUGGGCUCCACUCUGACCAAGCUUCGCAUCCUCAUUCUCCGCAGGAACAAGUUCACCUCCGUGCCCUCUCCAAUAUUCCAGCUCUGUCACUUGGCUGAGCUGGAUCUUAGUCACAACUGCCUGAGCCAUUUCUCGGAGGACAUCGAGCAUUUGAAGGGGCUGAAAAAGCUCUGUGUGAGCCACAACAAGAUCCAGUACCUGCCAUCCCAAAUUGGGACGUUGCAGGCCCUGGAGGAGGUCGAUGUGAGUUUCAACGAGCUCCGUGAUUUCCCCAGGUCCUUCACGCAGCUCAGGAAGCUCAGGACGCUCGACGUGGACCAUAACAAGCUCCAAAAUUUCCCACCUGAGCUUCUUGCCCUCAGCGAUUUGGAGGAACUCGAUUGUUCAGGAAAUAAACUAGAGGGCCUGCCAGGCAAUAUCACGAUGCUGCAAUCUCUCAAAAUUUUGUGGCUCAGCAGCACCCAUAUCUCAUCUUUACCUGAGACCUUCUGCGAUCUGCAGAACCUGGAGAGCCUGAUGCUCGAUAACAAUUCCCUUGCAGCGCUGCCACGGUCGUUUGGAAAAAUGCAAAAGCUGAAAAUGCUCAAUCUGUCAUCCAACUCCUUUGAAGAGUUUCCUCAGGUUAUUCUCACAAUCGCUAGUUUGGAGGAGCUGUAUUUGAGCAGAAAUAGGUUGUCUUUCCUCCCAGACGAAGUGGGCCGGCUGUCUAACCUUGCCAAUUUGUGGUUGGACAAUAAUAGAAUAACGUUUCUUCCAGACUCCAUAGUGGAGCUAGAGAAACUGGAGGAGCUGGUUUUACAGGGUAACCAAAUUGCCAUCCUGCCCGACAAUUUCGGAAAGCUUGCCAAAGUUAACAUUUGGAAAGUUAAGGACAAUCCUCUCAUACAACCUCCAUAUGAGGUGUGCAUGAAGGGCAUCCCGUAUAUAGCUGCCUAUCAGAAGGAGCUCGCCCAUGCCCAGACUGCUGUGAAACCAAGACUCAAACUUGUUUUGAUGGGGCAGACAAAUGCAGGGAAAACUAAGCUCAGGCAGUGCAUUGUAAGCAAACCGUUAGAUGCUAAGACAAUAACUGGCGGUAGAGGGAUCGAUGUGACGAACUGGGUAGCAGACGUUCGCCGCAGUCUUACAUUCAUCGUGUAUGAUUUAUCAGGGAAGCAGAAUUACGAACUCAUUAAACCAUUUUUCCUCUCGCCAGGCGCUCUGUACAUAGUGGUAGUAAAUUUAAAGUUGUACACGUGUAAGACUUUCUACUCCAGCGUAGGGUAUUUCCUUCACCUGCUCAGCGCCAAGGUGCCCAAUGCAGUGGUGUGUGUUGUGGGAACGCACAUUGACCUCUGUGCUGAGGCAGAAUUGGAGGAAAAGUGUUUGGAUAUUCACAGACAAAUCUCUCUGCAGGAGAAGAGAGACACAGAGAGUCUGCGGACACUUGCUAAGCAGGUGGACGAAGCCUUGGAACAGGACUAUGAUGUCAGAGCAUCAAGCCCUCAUGUACUGUUUUAUGGAGUCUCAGACAGGAACUUGAGACGUAAAAAAGCCCAACUGCAGUACAUGCUGAACAAUCGACUGCAGAUCUUGUCCCCGGUGUUUUGUGUCAGUUGUGUGGAGAUGCGAAAUAUCGAGCGAUUGAAGGAGAAACUCAUGUCUGUUGCCGAUCAUCGUGAUAUCUUCCCUAACCUUCACAGAGUACUGCCAAAGUCAUGGCAGAUGCUAGAGGAGCUCCAUUUCAAGCCGCAGGACCUUUGGCUGUCAUGGUGGGAUUCUGCUCGCCUGGGCCUGCAAGCAGGACUGACAGAAGACCGUCUACAAAGUGCACUGUCCUACCUACACGAGAGUGGAAAACUGCUGUACUUUGAGGACAGCGUAACGCUAAAAGAAUUUGUCUUCCACAAUCUGCCGCGGUUCAUCGCCAUCUUGAAUGUCUUCUUUCAGAAAGACCUUACUGCCAUGCUGGAAAAAUUAAAAUCUGAAAGCGACACUGAAGAGAAUGUCGCUCCCUCCCAGAUUCAGCACCAUGUGGAAAGUUUUCUGCUGCACGGUCUGCUGCCCUCUAAUGUCAUCCGCCAGCUCCUCAAACCUCUUGUGCAGACGCAGCAGGACUUGCACCUUAUCAUGGAGUUGCUUGAAAAGAUGGGGGUUUGCUACUGCAUUAACAAACCUCGGAGCAAACCACUAAACGGGGCACCUGUGGUUUACAAGUUCCCCAGUCUGGUCAGCAGUGAGGAGCCAAACACUGAGCCCUGGCAGAAUGGUGGCUCAUCAGUUCCUGGUCAGUUCUUCUCGGUGGAACAGUUGCAGAUCGAAUAUAGCUUUCCAUUUCUCAUCCCCCCUGGACUUUUCGCACGGUUCAGCGUGCAAAUCAACAGCCAUGUGGUGCAACGCACUGAUGGAAAAGAUUUCAUCUUUGCCUACCGAGGUAAAGUGCCUGUGAUGGUGAACUACCGGCCUUCUCGAAACAGACUGCACCCGGAGACCCUUGCCAUUUCUAGUCACGCAUCUUUGCCAAAUAUCUGGACAGCUUGGCAAGCGAUUACCCCACUGAUAGAGGAGCUGAAUGUUCUUCUCCAGGAAUGGUCUGGUCUCCAUUAUUCAGUACAUAUACUGUGUUCCAAGUGCCUGAAGCGAGGGUCACCCAACCCACAUUCCUUUCCAGUGCACAGACAGUAACCGCUCAGCCUGGCCUGUUUUUUAGGGAGGAAACUUUGUGGAACAGGAAAAGAAACAUUUUCCAGGAGACUGGAAAGAAACAGCAGGUUUCCUUUUAAGGCUCUUAAACUGCUCCUCAGAGAGCGAGUGGGGGAAAAGGAGCAAGCUGGAGAACCUGGCAGAGGAACAGACAGGCCUGAGAGAACCGCAGCACAGGAAUGUGAGCGUGUGUUGUACCUGGAAACGUUAUUGAGAAAGAGAGGAUGAAUGGCACAUUCCUGUGCUAUGACUCCUGAGGCGAGAGCAGAGGGAGGCAGGAUGGAGUGCUGCAGUGCUGAGGUCACUCACACUGGGAGAUCAUCCACUGCAUGACUCAGUCUGACUAGAAUCAUCAGAAACCAGCUUUAGUACAAAUGAAUCAAAGUGCCUAUGACCCAUUAUUAGUCAAUUCUGAGAUGUUAAUAUAAAUUAGAAUGCAGCAUGAUUUUAGGAUUAUACUUUUAUUUGGCAGGAAGUGAGCUUUGAGAAGCAGUUGGCCACACCUUCAUAUGGGACUUAGGCCUACGCCUACGCCUGUUUAAUCCCAUUCAUUGCUACUGAUAGGCACAGAAACCACGUCUCCUUUAUUUAUAUUGACAAGUCAGGAGUAGUAUAGGCUUUUUACAUUGAGUCUGACAGGCAAUGAGGCCCUGCCCCCUUCACUAGGACUGAUAGAAACCGAGGUCACGCCCUCUUCAGUGGACUGGUCAGGCACCGCAGCGAUGCCUCCAUUUAACUUGAACAGAAACUCACUAAGGCCAUGCUUCUUUGACACUUAUGGGUGGGCACAUAGGCCACGCCUCCUUUACUGGUACUGACCAGCGCUGAGGUCAUGCCUCAGUCAGUCAGACUGAUGGGCAUAGAGGCCGCAUCCCCUUUACUGGGACUGACAGACAAAAAGGCCACGCCUCCUUCACUGGACUGAGAGGCAGAGGACAUUUUGCCCACUUACUGUUACUGCCAGGCACAAAUGCCACAGGUCUUUCACUGGGACUGACAGGCCGAGGACAGACCCCAUUCACUGCUACUAGACACAAAGGCCACACCUUAUUUGUUAGGACUAACAGACACAAAGGCCAUGUCUCUUUCAUAAGAGUGGAGACACAAAGGCCACGCCUCUUUCAUAAGAGCUGAGACACAAAGGCCACGUCUCCUCCAUAAGGGCUGAGACACAAAGGCCACGCCUCUUUCAUAAGAGUGGAGACACAAAGGCCACGCCUCUUUCAUAAGAGCUGAGACACAAAGGCCACGUCUCCUUCAUAAGGGCUGAGACACAAAGGCCACGUCUCCUUCAUAAGGGCUGAGACACAAAGGCCGCGUGUCCUUCAUAAGGGCUGAGACACAAAGGCCGCGUCUCCUUCAUAAGAGCUGAGACACAAAGGCCGCGCCUCCUUCAUAAGGGCUGAGACACAAAGGCCACGCCUCCUUCAUAAGGGCUGAGACACAAAGGCCACGCCUCCUGCAUAAGGGCUGAGACAAUAAUCCUUCGCUUCCUUCUUAGGAGUGACUUACACUUACAGCUCAGAGUUAGAUCUAUUGUUACUCCAGGCUAAUAACAUUAAUAAAUGCAAUAAUUCUUUAUUCUUCUCUAUUCUUGUGAGAACCUUCAGUUUCCAUAAUUACUAAUGCUUUGCUACAUCUAAAACUAGAUCUAACCUUAACUAUAGUAAGGCAACUUAUAUAUAAAGGCAACUUUUUUCUCUUUUAUAGAAAGAAAAAAAUCCCCACAAGGUCAAAACUGUCAGAUAUUCCUAUCCUUGUGGGGAUAUUUGGUCCCCACCAAGAUGACCUUCACCCCCGAGCCCAGAUUGCAUGUGUGAACUUGUGUAUUCUUGUGUGUUGGCACUAUGCUUUGUUAGCUCAGAUGUCUUGACCCAGGCCAGCUCCACCCUUCUAUUAGCAGGAGAGCUGAAAAUCAAUAAGACUAAUGGCUUAAGUGCUGCACUGAACUGAUUAUUGGGAGGAAAACGUGCAGAGUGGACGUAACCAUGAGCCGGAGCACUACUGCAGCUUUUUUUUUAAAGCUCUUCUGUUAUUUAGAGUGAGUCACACCCUCAGUGUGUGAAAUGUUUCUCUGUUGUCUUUAAUAAAUACCGAGCUAGUCUUGACAAGGCUGUGUGCUGCACUGGCAAUUUCCGAGUAUGUCGGUAAUGACUUUGUUUGCCUUGAUUUGUACAUACUUGACACACACACACACACACACACAGUGCUCUUUGUUUCACACAUACACCAGAUUUUAAGUUUUCCUUAAAUGGGAUUAACUGUGAUACUGAGUGCUUUUGUACAAAGUGAAAUCACUCACCACUAAAUUACUUGGAGGUUUAGAUUGUGAUAUUUAUCAUAAGGAUAUCAUAAGGAUGUUCAUGACACAUAUCCUGACACAAAUUCUCAGACGUUUCAUCCUUGAUCAGACCUGUCUGCAUUUGUAAAUACUCUAAAGAAUUUCUAUUAAGCACAAAAUGUUUUAACAUGCACAGAAUGUGAAUGUGUAAUUUCAUAUUAAUAUAAAUUUACCAGAUACAAAAAAAAUGUAGUUAUGCUGCAUUCGACUAAAGGGCAUAACUCAUAAUUUCCAACCUCUGAUUACGGAAAAAAACGAAGAAAAUACCCCCUCAAUUCAGAAUUCCUACUCGGGAAUAGGUAGGUCUCCUCAAAGCAAACCUGAGUUCAGCAAGUGACGUCAAAUCAACAUGGCUGCUCACAGCAUGAACAGUAAACACAACAAAGUAGCACUUCCUAUCUUUAAGAAAUAUGCUGUUUACACAAGUAUUUGCUUUAGGUCAACCAACAUGCACAUGUAUUUUCUUGUUAAAUCUCUAACAUCAUACAGUUUCCUAUUUUGAGGAGGAAAAUAUACAUCACGCGUCCCUGUUAGCUGGCUAGCUUGUUGCUAACAAAAGAUGAACAUGGAGACGCCACUGAUUUUUUUCCGUUUUGUAGCCUGCACAGAGGUAGAAAAUGAUAUUAUUCUGAGCUCCAACUUCACUCUUCUAAGAUAAGUUGAAUGCAGAAUUGGUGCUAAACAUUACAAAGAGCUCCUUAAUACCAACAAAACAUAGUUGUAAACACUUCUUAGUUCUAAGGCCUUUAACUGAAAUAGUGAUUAAAACUCGAUAACAGUGUUUGUAAGAGUGACUUGAUUUUAAUAAUGAAACUUGGAUUUGCUGAUACAUACUGUGUUGGACAUCUGUAUGAUUUCCCAAUAGUGUUACAAUGAACCCUGCGUUCUGCUCUACAGGAAUGAGCGAUCAGCUGCUUCAGCAUGUUAAUUAGGAUGUGGCCUAAUUCUGGCAUUACACUGUACAUUCAUCUUCAGUAAUCCCGGUCAGGGUCGUGGUAGAUCCAGAACAUAUCCUGAGAUUUUUGGGAGACGAGAGGAAACUGGAGAACUCAGAGGAAACCCACAUGAACACAAGGAGGACACACAAAGCUCUAUCAUAUAGAGUCAGUAAUUUUGUACAGUGACUAUGCCCUGUGGAGGACAGAUAUUGUGUCUCGCAAUAAAACUCAUAUUUCUGCGUUUUUGUAGGUAUAAAAUAUAUGACGUGAAGAUGAAGGAUAGAAUGUAGGUGUAGAGGGAUACACAUGGCCCUGACUGGAGCUUUAUUGAUGACGAUGAUGAUGCUGAAGAAACUUGGAGUGACAUGUAUUAUACUCUGUUUCAUUGGUCUUGUGACCCAUGGUGUUUUGCUCUCUUCAGUAAUCCACAGAGCUCCAUCAUUUAGGAGCCUCCCUCAGCACCAGCACAGGAUACUGCUGCCCUCUAGUGAACACAAAUAAUGUCUUAACAGGAACAAGCUGCCUAUGAGUGUAUUAAAAAAAACUGAAUAGGAGCAUAAAACUUGAUUAAAAAAAAAGAAACAAUUACUAUAUCCAUUUUCAAUCAACAACAAAUUGGUGGUGUUCUCUGUAUGAUGUUCAGUGUUGCUUGAAAGAGAAGCUGUAACAAAUCAAUAAUAAGCUGUGCUGCUAACCCCGCCCCUUAUUUAGGUACCAUAAAAGCGCCACUAUGGCCAAAAGUAUGUGGACACCUGACACAUAUGCGGGUCUUUUGCCUCAAAGUUGGAAGCACACAGUUGUAUAGGAUGUCUUUGUAUACUGUAGCAUUACAGUUUCCCUUCACUGAAACUAAGGGGUCCAAACAUGUUCCAGCAUGACAGUGCUGCUCUGCACAGAGAGCUCCAUGAAGACAUGGGUUGCCAAGGUUGGAGUGGAAGAACUCGAGUGGCCUGCACAGAGCCCUGACCUCAACCCCACUUGAACACUUUUUGGAUGAACGGGAAUGUCGACUGCACACCAGGCCUCCUCACCCAACCUCAGUGUCAGACUUCUCUGAUGCUCUUGUGGCUAAAUGAGCAAAUCCUCACAGCCAAGUUAUAAAAUCAAGUGGAAAGGCUUCCCAGAAGAGUGGAGGUUAUUAUAACAGCAAAGGAGGACUAAAUCUAGACUGGGUGUUCAACAGGCACAUGAGUGUGAUGGUCAUUUGUCCACAAACUUUUGCCAGUAUAGUAUAUGAUUUGUGUUAUCAUCACUAAAUGAUUUGUAAUGUGUUUCUUUG